AAAAUGGCUGCAGCUGCCGAGCAGGAGAGCAGAGACCAGGUCGUGAGCCUGCGUGGUAAAGUCUGCCUGGUGACCGGAGCCAGCUCUGGGAUUGGUGCUGGGACUGCAAAGCUCUUCGCCCGCCUGGGGGCCCGGCUGGCUCUAAACGGGAGGAACGAGGAAAAGCUGCGUGAGACUGCGCUGGCCUGCCAGGAGCUCCCUGACCAAAAGCCCCUGCUGGUACCCGGAGACCUGACGGAUGAAUCAGUGGUCCGCAGGGUGGUGGAGCAGACAGUCACCCACUUUGGCCGGCUGGACGUUUUGGUGAACAGUGGUGGGAUUUUGGCUAUGGGUACCAUGGAGAACACGUCCCUGGAGGACUUUGACCGAGUGAUGAACAUCAAUGUCAGGGCCCAGUUUUAUCUCACGCAUCUGGCCGUCCCCCAUCUCAUUCAGACCAAAGGGAACAUCGUCAACGUAUCGAGUGUAAACGGGCAGCGAUCGUUCCCCGGCGUGCUGGCGUACUGCAUGUCCAAAGCCGCACUGGAUCAGAUGACGAGAUGUGCGGCUCUCGAGCUCGCCAGUAAAGAGGUUCGAGUGAACGCCGUCUGUCCCGGGGUGAUUGUGACUGAGGUGCACCGCCGCGCAGGGCUGAACGAAGAGCAGUAUGCACAGUUCUUACAGCGCACUCAGCACACGCACGCCCUGGGCCGCCCCGGGACGGCGGACGAAGUCGCCGGGAUGAUCGCGUUCCUCGCUUCGGAUGCUGCCUCUUUCAUGACAGGGGUGACGGUGCCCGUAGACGGCGGACGCCACGCAAUGUGCCCGAGAUGAGCCAUAAACCCGAGGACAACCCGCGCCUGCGCAGGCUGCCAUUACACUAGAUGGGAAAGCGGGGCAGAUACGGCUGAUUGAUGAUGAUGGUGGUCAUGAUGAUGAUGGUGCUCAUGGUGAUGAUGAUGAUGGUGCUCAUGGUGAUGAUGAUCUUCUGGAAAUGUAUUUAACAAUAAAAUCAAACGGGGAGCUGAAUUCUCUUCUCACAUCGUGCCUGACGUGGGGGAUGGGAAAAGGGGUUAAAUGCCAACAUUUCUGGAUCAAAUGCCAGGCAGCUCCAGAACUUCCUAAUUAGAGGCUUCCUGAUGCCCUCAGGGAGCGGCCGCUGGGCAGGUUUGCACCUGUGCCCCGCCCCUUUAACAUGAGGGGCCAAGGCCCCCCCGUUCCAUCUGCCUCCAGCUACCUCCGCGGGGAGUAAGAUCAGCACCCACCUCCCCACCAUAAAGCCAAGGACCUCAACCUGUAGUCAUAGACCAGCUCGACCCACGAAAAACUCCUCGACCAUAAACCCCCCAGGCCGGCCGGGAUCGCUGAUGAGUUAUGAUGUCACAGGUCCAGACGUUGGCCGUGCUGUGCGAGUCCACCUGGGGCCACCAACUAUCAUUAGAUGGCCGAAGGAUGCAGCGGUCAAUACCUUUCAUUGAGCCAGCAUAGGAAACAAGAUGGACAGGAAUGGUCACCAAGUCCAUCUGAAGAAGAGACCUUUGAGCUCCUGAAAGUUUGUGUAACUUUCCAUAUUAAUCUAUGCGGGCCCAAUAAAAAGUAUCGCCUCCAUCGUCUCUAGUUAUCUGAAAGAGACAUGUUUAUCAGUGAGGUCAUAAUCUCAGAGCCGUGCGAGGAGGAGUCUCGGGACGAGACAAAAACACCUGAAGGAAUGAGGAAGAGCGAGUCCUCUGCUGUCAGUCUACCCAACGGCUCCCGGAGAUCUCUAACUGAAAUGUGAGUAGGUCUCUCGUCAGAGGCGACCUUUCGGGGCGAAUGUCUGGACUGGGACGCCCCCCGAUUCCCCUCCUGUGUCUGGUCUUCAUGGCGGGAUGCAGCGUUUACCCGCUGGCCGAGACGGUCAAUGGCGUCAUCAACCAGCCAGUCAGGUUAAGCUGCUCCUUCACGCUCCCCGACAACUGGAGAGAGAAGGAAAUCCAAGUCCUUUGGUUCAGAAACUUCACAGACAAAUUAGCGUCGUGCGUCUUCCAUGAGAACCAGACGGUCUUCUGCCAACAGACUCCGUCGUCGUCCCGGACGCGGCUCUCGUCGCUCGUCUUCCAGGGAGAUGCCGCGCUGGAGAUCGCCGAGGUGCGCGAGUCGGACGCCGGGCUCUAUCAGUGCUGGAUCAUCUUCUCUCAGUCCUACGUGAGGAUAGACAAAGUGCUGACGUUGCUGGCUGCCGACACGGAUGUUCUUCUCCCAGGAGGCGCUCGUGAGGAUGGGAUACCGUCAUGGCGCUCGCUGUGGGCGUGGCAUUUCAUCCUGAUCAGCGGUUGGCUCCUGGCUCUGUCACUCAUCUGUAUUCUGCUACCUUUAAGAUUUCCAUUAAAUUCCAAGAACAUAAGGGUGAUUUACACCUAAGACCCCCCCAGUGAUGCUCCACGGAUGUAGCCGUCCCGCGGUGUUCAGGUGAAGGAAGAGCGUGGAGGGUACAUUAAACGGCUCGUUACUUUAUAUCGGCUCAGGACACUGUUUAUCUUCUACUUUCUUUGAGCUCCGCUACGUCCCAGGGGCCGCUGAAGAUCCAAAAAGAAGAGUAAAAAAACGUGUACGGAGAGGACGAUGGUUGGGACGCCUCAGGCUGAUAACUCAGGGUUUUUGUUGUGUAAAUAUUGUGAAUAAAAACGUUCAUUUGUUAUACGAAA